ACACUGUAAAACGAAGCAAACGUGAUGUUGAAGAUGUAAUGGAUGCUGCCGAAGAAGAUGUGAAGGAAAAUAUUGACGAAGCCGCUGGGAAGAUUAAUGGUUCUUCAGAAGCAACAAAGGAAGAAGUAAGUGAUGUUCAAGAUAAAGUGAGUGAGGAUAAAAUUGAUACUAUUGAUGAAAAUUACAUUUCUUCAGAUAUCGCCGAAAAAAUUAGUGAAGUAGAAGCAGAAGUAAAUAAAGUUGUGGAUGACGCGAGUGAAGCUAUAUCAGACGAAAUAAAAGAAAUAAAAGAUAAUAUUAAUAAUGUGCAUGAUGAAAUUACAAAAGAAGAAGAAAUAAUAAUUAAGGAUAUUAAGGAAGGUAAUAUUGACAAUAUUGGAUACAAAGAUAACGAUGUUGUAGAAGAAACUAAGGAAAACAAUAUUUCUACAGAAGAAUCUAAUAAAUCAAAGGAAGUUCAAGCAGAAAAUGAAUUGCCAGAUGGUACAAAUGAAGCAGCGUCUGAUGAAAGUCAAAAAGUUGAAGGUAACAUAUCAAAUAUUGAAGAAUCGACCAAAGAAGAAGGAAAGGAAGAAAAGGAAGUAAUCGAAACUGCCAUAGAAAAGAAUAUUAAUAAUAUUGCAGAAACACUUGAAGAUACUAUUGAAGAUGUCAAUAAUCUUGUGGAAGGAAAAGAAGAAACAAUUGAAGAUGUAGUUAUUGAAGAAGGAGAAAAAGCUAUUGAAGCUGCAAAUGAAGUUAUUGAUGAGGUAGAACAAGCCGUGUCUGAAAAUAUUCAAGAAGUUGAAGAUAAUUGUAAUCAGACUCAAGAACAAAUAUCGGAAAAAGCAAAAGAAAUAUCUGAAGAAACAACAGACAACUCUAAAAGAGCAAAACGUGAUAUAUCAGCCGUCAAAAAUGAUACUCUUAAUGACAUUUCAAAGCAUAUCAAAGAAAAUAUUGAAGAAAUUGAUAAAACCGAAGCUAAAGAAGAAUUAAAUCAUGAUCAAGCACAAGUUGAAGACAAUAAAAAUGAUGAAAUAUCUGCUGAGGACCAAACAAAUGAUAGAUCAGAAGAUACUUCAACAGAUGCUGCUUCAAAAACAGCAACCAACAAAUCAGAUGAACAUGAAGUCACAUCAUCUAAAACACUACAAUCUCCAAGUCUAGAAGAAACAAUUCAAGACUUUAAAGAUUCAAUACAAAACGAAAUAGACGAAAUGGAAGAAACUGAUAACACCGUAACUCCAGAAGAAGAACCAACACAAUUAGAUUCUUUAGAACGCAUUGCACCAUCAGCACCACCACUUUCCGAAAUGCCACCAUAUACAGCAAGAUCAAUUGAAGAAGAAGAACCUCCAGCAGAAAUGUCUAGAGAACCAAUUGUAGAAGAACCAGACGACAAUGAAAAUAAAACAAACAACCCACAUGUUGACAUCUUAGUGAUUGAUGAUGACUAUUCAAGUCCUGUUGAAAUAAUUGAAGAAGACGAUGACGAUGUUGAAGAUGUUGAUGAAGACGAAGUAGAAGAUGACGAUCAUGUAGAAUCUCGUAAAUUGAUUAAUGAAAUUAAAGAAGAAUUGAAUAAUAUCAAGACAAUUAUUGAAGAAGACAGUGAUGAAGCACCAAAUGGAGAUAAAGAAGAUGGAGUGGUUAUUACGGAAGUUACUGAAGCAGAGGAUACAGAAAGUAAAGAUCAUCCUAUGAAAGACACAUUAGAAGUCAUUGAUAAAGCAGGAAGUAUUAAUAUUGGUCGAUUGAUUAGUCAUGAUUCAUCAACUUCAUUAGACUCUGUUGCUACUGUCAUACUAACUGAAGAUUUAAACAAAUUUAAAGAAGAACAACAGAAAGAAAAAGAAAACAAAACAAACAAUCAAGAAGAGGUCACAGAUACUAUUGAAACAGAGGUAGGCAACCAAAUUGACACGAAUCAAGCAAAUGAAAAUAUUACAACUGAAGAUAAUGAUGAGAAUGCAAACAAAAUGGCGGAUGGUGCUUCUGAAGAGGUCACUAAUAUUGAAAUAGAAGCUAAUAAUAAUGGUGACGAUAGUAAAACUACUGACAAUGAUAAAAUUGAAGAAAUAACAACGAAUUUAGACGAAAAUGCUAAUCAAGAUGAUGUCAUUGUAAUUGACGCAACACAAUUAAGCAAUAACAAUGAAGAAGACAUAAAGUUCUUGACAGGUUUUGUAAAUGCUGCGACAAAGAUACAAAGUGCUUUCCGCGGUUUUCGAGUGCGUAAUCUUAAAACAAACAAAGAUAAUAACAAUGACAUUAAACAAACCAAUCAAACAAAUGAAUCAACUACGGAAACAAUAGAAGAACAAAAAUACGAACAAAUUACAACAGAAUCAACACAGGAAGAAAAAGAAAAAGAAAGAGAAGAAACAACUUCUAAAACAGAAGAAUCACCCGGAAAGAAAAAUCCUACACUUGGUCAGUUUUUAAAAUCAUUAGCUGACGUCCCCAAAUCUUUUUUAGGGUCUUCCAAAGACCAAAAAAAUAAAGACUCUUCUUAUUCUGAAGAAACAAAUGUUGUAAAACAUCAAGUUGAAGUUGAAGAUGCUGAAGAAAGUGAUGAUAACAAUAAAAACGAGAAAACUGGAAAUGAAAAUGAUUUGACAGCUACGCAACCAUUUUAUCUACAUGAUCCGAACAUGGACAAAGCAAAUCCCAUCUCAGAUGCAAUAAAAUUAACAUCAGAAUUAACCAAAAAAGAAGCAAAUAUCGGAUUGUUACAUUCCGGCGAAUUUCAUGAUGCUAUCCCUUUGCCGUUUGAGGUUAAUGAUUUAUACGAAAAAUCAGAGCGGAAUUUAAACGCUAACGAUACACAGAUGUCGCAAGAAGUUAACGACGCAAAGGCUACGCCACCAGGUGCUGAAAGACCAGUGACCACGUCAGCGUCGACGUCGAUCCCAACGGCGAGCGUCGUCGUCGUCGCUUCCUCCUCGUCGUCGGCGGGGUCCUCCCUCUCCGCGGGCGACGCCGCGACGACCACCACGACGCAGGCCACUCAGUCCAUCACAACCAGCUUUACUCACGACGUUGACGAUCACGCAGUCUCAGCUGAGCGCGCUCACAACUCUGAUCAAACAGCAGACGCAGAAUUUGAAACAGGAGCAGCAGAAUCAGAAGAUAAUCAAUCAGAAACCGAAAAUAAACACAAAAACCAAGAAGAAGAAGAAGAAGAAAAUUCAAAAUUUGACAGUUUUGAACCUACAGGAGACGUUUCUCCUUUGCCGGUUGACGAAGAACAAGAAGAAGAAAAUAUUAACGAGACGGAACCGCAGGGAAGAGGAAACACUGAAGAGAUGGAUCCAAGAAGGAAUAAUGCCAUCAUCGCUGAAAGGAACGCCGAGUCGAAGGCGGCGACCAAGAUCCAGGCCAGUUUUCGCGGUUAUCAAGUUAGGAAACAAAUGCAAAAACCUAAGAGUGGUAACGAUGUGAUCUCUCCAAAACGCAAUGCCCGCAGAAAGACUUCCGGUGGUAGAGCACCAGACAGCAAAAAACUGAAAGAUGGCAACGACAUCGAAGACAAGUCGGCCACCAAAAUCCAAGCAGGAAUUCGUGGCUUCCUCGUGCGUCGACGCAACCAAAAGAAACGAGAUAACGAAGAGGUUUAAACAAAACUUUCUUCGAUUUUCAAAUCUCCGAUAAAAAUCUUCGAAUGCCAUUAAAAGCGUAUGAAAACGUAACCUAACCAAAAAUAUAGAAACACCCGUAUGUCUAAUGAUAGCAUAGUUUGAUUGCAUAGAAUUGCAUGGUUGCUUAGAGCGUAAAUCAAAUGAAAAACAAUAUAAAUAGACUUAAAACAUACAAAAAAAACAAUUCCUGUUGAUAUAAAUAAAUACUAGGUAAUGAUAGCUGAAGAUUUUCACUAACGUCGACUAACUUACAAUGUCAUGUAAUGUAUAGGUUAGGUUAGCUCAGAUUAGAUCUAAUUAAACUAAUUUAUAUGAAAAUUGAUAUUUUCCUAACUCACGUAGAUAGUAUCUUCGCAAAUAUCAGUGGCGAAUUUAUGUAAACGAUGUAUUCUAGGUUCAAUAUAAGAAUAUUUUCUAUCUA